GCGACCGGAGCCAGCAGCCAGCGCAGGUCCUCUCUCUUCGUCCUCGAACGCGGAAUCUUACGACGACCCCCUUUCGACGACCCGACGACCCCCUCCUUCGCGCCUUCUCUCCCUCCCUUCGACCGGCGCUCUUCAUAGCAUCGUCGCGACCGCAUCUGCCUCUUGACGGACGCCCUGCCGAGGACUUCGGUUUCACCCCCUUCGUCAGCGCCUUCGGGAGACUGUCGUGCGAUCGCCGCCGUCGCCAGGUGUCGUUACGACUCAUCACGACCCUCGAGGAAGACCUUUGAGAGAGCCCUUGAGUGUUGAGGACGACCAGCGAAGAGGAAAACCUCUCGACGGCCAACUUGGUGCGAGAUUGCUGCCUCCGAGGAUCGAGUGUGCGGCCGCGAGUGCGAGUGAGAGCGGUACCCAGUGCCAUCUGUAGGAGUGGCACACGCGUGACACUGCCCUCUCCCCUCCCCCCGUUCCUCCGCGUUGUGCCCCGAGCCCCGUCUGGAAGAGUUCCCCCUCGAGCCGGGCCUCGCGCACCCGAGGGCGACGUCCGAGGAGCGUGGCGGCGGAGCGUGGGCGGCGAGGCGGGCGUGGUGCCACACGUGAGCGAAAUUUCCAGGGCGAGAGUGAGGUGAAGACACAGUCGUGGCACUUGCGCCUAUUCUUACGGGGUGAGGCACGGCGCGUGGGCCGAGUCGACGGGCCUCCCUUCCCCUCCGGCUAUUUUGGUGGCGUUGGCUGGCGCCGGGCCCAGCGACGCCUCAGUGUGGUUGUGACCUGCAGGUGACGUGGAUCUUACGCCGCUACCUGCCAGUGCGGCCAGCGUGGUGGCGGUAACGUCGUGCUUGUCGCCGCAUCGACUUGAGCGAGAGAGAAGUGUGCCGCGGGUGGACGCCGCCGCCGCCGCACGUGUCGCCGAUAAAAGGUGAACAGGAAACUGUCGCAAGACGAGCGAGUGUCCGGCGAGAUAAACAGGCCUUUGGGCUUCCCCUUCGCUAGCGCCAACGACUUCGCCCCUCGAGCGAGCCUACACUAGGCCGCAAAACGUGACCGCCAGCAGACGUCCCCGAAGUCGAGGAAGCAGAGCUCGUACAAAACUCUAUUCGAAUCGAGCGCCUUUUCCCUGAAUCGCGCUCCCAUUGGUAGAUAAGAGUCGCUCGGCCCGCCCACCGUCGCGACAAGCCCCGCCCAGAGUGACCGCAGGAUCAGGUGGUGCAGGAUGUACGGCUCAGGUGCACCAGAGUAUAGCCAGGCGGGCGUGGAGGAGGACGAGAUGUCGGCCACGGAACGCGAGCUCGCCGAGGACGCCCAGUGGAAGCGGAUCCAACAGAACACGUUCACGCGAUGGGCCAACGAGCACCUCAAGUCCGUCUCGAAGCACAUCGGCAACUUGGAGACGGACCUGAGCGACGGCCUCAGGCUCAUCGCCCUCAUCGAGGUGCUGUCGGGCAAGCGGCUCCCCAAGCAUAACAAGCGACCCAACUUCAGGAGCCAGAAGCUGGAGAACGUGUCCGUGGCUCUCCAGUUCCUCGAGAGAACAGAGAACAUCCGCAUCGUCAACAUAGAUUGCUUCACUGGAUCCAGAGCAAACUGCCCGACCUCCCCAUCACCAACUUCACAAGCGACUGGAACGAUGGCCGGGCUGUCGGUGCUCUUGUAGAUUCUGUGGCUGCCGGUCUGUGUCCUGAUUGGCCAGACUGGGUGCCUGCAGAUGCCCUCAAGAACGCUACAGAAGCAAUGACCCUCGCCGAUGAUUGGCUGGGAGUUCCUCAGCUGAUCACACCAGAGGAGAUGGUCAACCCCAACUGUGAUGAACUUUCCAUGAUGACUUACCUUUCUCAGUAUCCCAACUCGAAGCUCAAGUCAGGGGCGCCUCUACGCCCUCGGACAAAUCCCGGCCGGGUAAGGUGCUAUGGUCCCGGUGUCGAGCCCUCAGGACCUGUGGUUGGAGCGCCCACACACUUCACCAUUGAGACCUUCAGCGCGGGCAAGGGCAAGGUGGAGGCCCUGCUGCACAAGCCUGAUGGACAGGUGGAAAAUCUCGAGUGCAAGUUCAACAACGAUCGUAAUCUGACAUACACUUGCACGUACACUCCAAGCUGUGAGGGAGAUUAUGUUGUUAUUGUGAAGUUCAGUGGGCGUGAGAUCCCCAAGUCACCAUUCCGUGUGAAUGUCUCAGGCUUUGCUGGAGACCCAACCAAGGUGACAGCCUCUGGGCCAGGUCUCGAGCCUGAGGGAGUCGUCAUCAACAAGCCAACCUACUUUGAUGUAUUCACAAAGGGUGCAGGUCGUGGUACUCCAUCAGUCAUCGUCCUGGAUCCCGAUGGCUUCAAGAACACGGUGCUUGUGAAGACUCGACAGGUCAGUGAGGACGUGUACCGCUCCGAGUACGUGGCCACGAGCAUCGGCCUACAUUCCAUCAACAUCUUCUUUGCUGGACAAUCCAUUCCAGGCAGUCCCUUCGGUGUCAAGGUGUCCCCAGUGUGUGAUGCCCGCAAGGUGAGAGCCUCCGGGCGAGGUCUUCAGCAGAAUGGCGUGAGAGUCAAGGACGAGGCUGACUUCAAGGUUUACACUGAAGGAGCCGGGGAAGGGAAUGUCGAAGUCAGGGUUAUUGGGCCAGGGGGCAAAGAGGAGUCAGUCCGGAUGAAGCAGAUAGACGAAUAUACUUUUGAGUAUGUCUACCACCCAUGGAAGGAAGGGCGGUACAUUGUCAUGGUGACGUAUGGUGGCGAGGAGAUCCCCAAGAGUCCAUUUGAGGUAAACGUUGGACCUUACAAGGAGACAAAGAUCAGGGCUUAUGGUCCUGGCCUGAAGGGAGGUGUUGUAGGGUAUCCUGCCCUCUUUACUGUGGAAACAAAUGGAGAAACUGGUGCUUUAGGUUUCAGUAUAGAGGGACCAUCACAGGCGAGGAUCGAAUGUAAUGACAAUGGUGAUGGGUCAGCUGACGUGCGUUACUUCCCCACGGCCCCUGGCGAGUACGCUCUCCACAUCCUCUGCAACAACAAAGAUGUUCCUGGAUCUCCAUACAUUGCUCAAAUUCUUCCUAAGACGGAUUAUUACCCUGAGAAGGUGAAAUGCAAGGGCCCAGGCUUGGAGAAGAAUGGUGUGGUCUCUGGCAAGCCUGCAGACUUCCAUGUGGACACGAGAGCAGCUGGUGAGGCUCCACUAGAUGUCACAGUCAUGGACGCAAACUACCAGCCAGUGAAAUUGGAUGCUAAGGAUAACAAGAAUGGAACCUAUGAUUUCUCUUACAAACCUACUAGAGGGAACAAACAUACAGUUCAGGUGGCCUAUGGAGGAGUUGCCUGUGAGAAUUCCCCCUACAGGGUGUUUGUGUCUGAACCCACUGAUCCUGGAGCAGUCAAGGUCUUUGGACCUGGAGUGGAGCGUGGUGUCAGAUCCAACACGCCCACACAUUUCAACAUUGACUGCCGUGAAGCUGGACCAGGAGAUGUCCAAAUAGCUCUGACCAAUGCCCAGGGUCAAGACAUCCCCAUCGACAUCCAAGACAAUGGUGAUGGGACUUUCACCGUCGAGUACCUUGCUCCUUCUCCUGGGGAUCACCGUGUAACCGUCCUAUAUGCUGGGGCUGAGAUCCCACAGUCCCCCAUUGUGGUUCCUGUGCAGUCCCAUGUGGAUGUUACAAAGGUCAAAGUGGAUGGAUUGGAGCCCAUUUUGUUAGGGAGUGUGGAGUUUAAGUGUCAUAUAUAUCUUUUGUCCCCUUCUGUGUUCGUUAACCCUGACUGUGUAGGAGUGUCUCUGUCGGCGCCCAUCAACUCUCUGCAGCAGUUCCGCGUCAUCACCCAGGAUGCAGGGAGAGCCGAUUUUGCUGUGUCCAUCACCUCCCCAUCAGGCAUGCGUGUCCGAGCACACGUAGUUCCAACACACGAAGGAUACUUGGUCAACUUCACCCCCACAGAGCUGGGCGAGUACCUGCUCUCCAUUCAAUUUGGUGGCCAGCCCAUCAGUUCUACGCCCUACAGGUUUACAUGCACACCUGGCGGGGAUGCUUCAGCUGUACGAGCUUGGGGGCCAGGCCUAGAGGGGGGUGUAGUAUGCCGGCCAGCUGAAUUUGUAAUUGACACUAGAGAAGCAGGGCAGGGAGGCCUGGGUGUCACAGUUGAAGGGCCCUGCGAGGCAGCCAUCAACUGCCGCGAUAACGGCGAUGGCACAUGUGCCGUGGCCUACUUGCCCACAGAGUCUGGCCAUUAUUCCAUCAAUAUCACCUUCAAUGAGAGACACAUCCAUGGCUCGCCAUUCCACGCCUACAUCACCCAUGACCAGGACCUCAAACAAAUCCGUGUCAGCGGGAACGGCAUCCAGCCCCACGGCGUGUUUGUGGAUUCCCCCACCGACUUCGUUGUGGACACAAGGGCCCUCGCCAACCUGAAGAAAGACACAAAGGGUGGCGUAGAUGUGAAGGACGGAAGAGGAGAUGGCAAGGUGAUGUGCAUCAUCACCAAUCCUUCAGGAACUCGGACAGAUUCCUUCCUCAGGCCUCUUACAGAUGGAACGUACAAGAUAUCCUACACGCCAUUUGAAGAAGGUCGCCACACUAUUGAUCUCCUUUAUGAUGGAGUGCCAGUGCCUGGGUCACCCUUCACAGUCAACGUGCGUCGUGGAUGUGACCCCAACAAGUGCCAUGCUUUUGGCCCAGGUCUCGAUCGUGGAUUUGUGAACGAGGUCAAUACGUUCACAGUUGAAACAAAAGGUGCUGGAACAGGUGGUUUGGGCCUGGCAAUUGAGGGACCAUCUGAGGCCAAGAUGACAUGUAAGGACAACCGUGAUGGUUCCUGCACUGUCGAGUACAUCCCCUUGGAGGCUGGGGACUAUGAUGUUUCCAUUAAGUUUGCUGACCAGCACAUUCCAGGAUCUCCAUUCAAAGUGGGAGUGGACCAGAAUGUAGACGCAUCCCAGGUCAACGUUUGGGGUUCAGGGCUGGAGCCAGGCAAGGUACGUGCUGGUGUGCCUCUCACCUUCCACGUCGAUGGCUCCAAGUCUGGAAAGGCUCCUCUAGGGGUCAACAUCAAGACAGAUAAAGGACCACUGCCCAAGUCUCCUGAAAUCCGAGACAAUGGUGAUGGCACCUACGAUGUCACCUAUGUGCCUCAUGCGGAAGGAACUAUGCAGACGGCAGACAUCACAUGGGGAGGAAAGCCUGUCCCUGGAAGCCCAUUCCGCACCCGCGUCCGCCCGCAAGUCGAGCCGAAUCGGGUGAAGGUGAACGGCGCGGGCGUGUCUGCCAAGGGCAUUCCCGCCUCCCUGCCCACGGAGCUCUCCAUCGACACCAACGAUGCUGGCCACGGCGACCUGCAGGUGGCCGUCACGGGUCCGGACGGCCACCCGCGCAAGGUGAAGGUGGUGGACAACGGCGGCCUGACGACUGCGUACAAGGACGGACUCGGACACUCGGCCGGCACUACAAGGAUGUCAAAAUAUGCGGACCAGGAGUCGGACACUCGAGGGCUUGAAAUAAUAUUUGGUUCUUUACUAUCCCUCGACCUCCAGGCUGACAAGUGCAAGAUAACGGAAGGCAUAAACCACUCGUUAACUAUAGGAGAGGAGUACUGCAUCACGGUCAAUGCCAAGAACGCAGGCACUGGAGCCGUAACGUGCAGGAUACGAUCAACUUCUGGCAGUGACCUCGACAUCGACAUCGAGGACAACGGAGACGGCACCUUCAGCAUUUACUACACCGUGAAGGACGCGGGAGAGUACACGCUCUCCGUCAAGUUUGGGGGACAACCCGUUCCCGAUGGGUUCUACUCGUUCACGGUGAGUACUCUGUUGUGUCGUUUGGUUUUUGUGAUUUGA